AUGACACACAUGUUGCCACCUAAUGGAAUUUAUGGAAUUAAACGAUUCGUUGGUAAACAUUUCAAGACCAUAGAAGAGAUUUUGAAGUAUCUUUCGUUCGACGUUGAAAACAGGUCAGACCGUCCUGUGAUUAAAAUCGAACGAGACAACGGCACGCUGGAACUAAGUCCUCAACAAAUUAGUUCAUUAAUUUUGAAAAAAAUAAAAACAGACGUGGAGGCUAAAUUGGGCGACAAAGUUGACAAAGCUGUCAUCGCCAUUCCAGCUUAUUUUAAUACAACUCAACGAGAAAAAACUUUGAAAGCGGCCAACGAAGUUGGCUUUACUGUUUUGAAGCUAUUUAACGGAUCGACGGCGGCAGCCUUGAGUUAUUAUUUUAAAAACGACGACGAGACUGAAUGCUAUGCGUUAGUUUAUGACUUAGGUGGUGGCACUUUUGACGUAUCCAUAUUAAAACGAACUGCAACCAAUAUCGACGUUAUAUGCGUGGAUGGAGACACUCAACUGGGAGGAAAAGAUUUUGAUAAUCUUAUCGUUGACUACGUUUGUGAAAAAACAAAGCAACAUGAUUGGAAUCCUAAGGAAGACAGGACUAAAAUGCACAGACUGCAAAAUAUUUGUGAAAAUGCCAAAAUUACUCUGUCUCUGGACAAAGAAACCAGUAUUAGUUUGGAAGAAUUUAUGACAAACGACGAAACGAUAGAAAUAGAACUGCGGAGAGACGAAUUUGUUCUAAGAGCAAAACAUCUAAUUGAAAGAACAAUAAACAUUGUUGAUAGGUGUCUUAAAAAUUCUAAAAUUCCAAAAGACCAAAUUGACCAUGUUAUUUUAUCGGGUGGUUCCAGUCGGAUACCGAAAAUUCAGGAAGAGUUAUCUAAAUAUUUUGACGGAAAAACUCUCAGCGAGUUUACUAACCUUGAAGAGUGUGUUGCAGAAGGAGCUGCUCUUCAGGCGGCCAUGCUAGCCAACAACAAUACGCAAAAAAUCAACAAAUUGGUGAUGACCGAUGUAGUUCCUUUGUCCCUUGGAGUGGAGCUUUGUGCUGACAGAAUGCAUUUUGUUAUAAAAAAAGGCGCUCCUAUACCUACAAGCAACUCCAUCAAUGUUUCAACUACAAGAGAUCAGCAGAAAACAGUACCUUUCAAAAUAUUCGAAGGUGAGCGUUUAAAUGUAAAGAAAAACCACUAUUUGGGCUCGCUAUUGUUAGAAAAUAUUACUCCGGCACCUCCAGGAGAAUCAAAAGAGGAAAUGCGCAACAACAUGAAGGAAUUAACUGUUGAAUAUACAAGAGGAGGGCGGAGCGAUGGUGAAAUCAAAGAUGUCAUUAUCGACGCUGAAAAGAAUAAAGAAGAAGAUGAAUUAUUUGACGUAUUUUCCAAACGAAAAUUGUAUUUAUUAGAGUACUGCGAAGCUGUUAAAUACAAUUUGCGCAUUUUAAACUUAAUCGGAAAAUAUCAGGACAUUUACGCUUUGUGUAAGGAGGUCCAAACAAGAUGUGAAGACAUCGAUGUCGAUAACAGUGGCGAAUUAGACACCCUCAUUGACAAAACUAAGCGUCGAUGUGCAACCUGUAAUAAUGAAGAACUAACACCCAUAAGAGUCCGGAAUGUUGAAUCAGUGGUCAAGCGGAGGUGUCACAUAUGUCCAAAAACGCGAGACCGUAAGCAAAAGCAAGUUUUGGACAAAAUGUAUGCAACGAACAUAUUUUAA